AUUUCACAAUAGCAGGUGGACUUUGCUGAGAACAGAAGUUGCCAAUAGAAAUCGAAAGCAGAUUCUGGGGCCACUUUGACCAGUUUGUUCCGCGUCCAGCCAGAAUGGAGAUCCUUCAUCCCUCUCUCGUCAUCCUGGCCUGCCUUUUAGGGUCUCUGGCAGAGGAAGACCUUCAAAAGAAGACAUUCAUAUUCCCAGAGAGUUCAAACACAGCCGCUGUGGUUUUGGAUGCCUCGUUCCAGGAUCCUUUGACCAGUGUCACCGUCUGCCUGAGAAGCUACACCAUGCUGGACCGCGCCCAUGCCCUCUUCUCUUACGCCACACCAAAAAGUGACAAUGAGCUCCUGAUCUACAAACCCAAACCCAACCAAUACAACUUUUAUGUGGGUGGCACAUGGGUGACCUUCAGUGUUCCGGAAAAAAUGACCUCCGGACCUCGGUGGGAGCACAUCUGUAUGAGCUGGGAGUCUGCCACGGGGUUGGUGGAGUGCUGGUUGGACAGGCAGCCUCUCCCCCGAAUGGGCAUGAAGAAGGGUUACUCUAUCAGCCCAAGGGGAUCCCUUAUCCUGGGGCAAGAUCAGGAUUCUGUGGGUGGUGGCUUUGAUAGCAACCAAUCCUUUCUAGGGGAGAUCACAGAUGUGAACAUGUGGGACCGGGUGCUGACCCAAGAUGAGAUGCUUCUCAGCAGCAAUGGCGGCACCCUUGUCAACUGGAGAUCCCUGAGCUAUCAAAUUAAGGAGUAUGUCGUAGUUAAGCCUUCCCUGAUGACCAGCUACUGAACUAGGGAGCUGUCUUAAAUGAAGCCCUUGCCUAAAAAGAAAUGGAGUUGUCUUAAAAUUAUCCAGAUUUUCUUCAGGGUGUUUCAGUGGUGACGGUGUUGAUCUCAACUCUUUCAGCCUGUAAACAAGUUCCAGGAAAUCAUACAUGCAACUUCUCCUAUAUAACAUUGUCCUUCUAAUAAAAAAGAUUGCAUUUUA